ACUUACAAACACCAUACAAACAAACUAACAAGAACAAAAAUUAAACUGACCCCGAAGAGAAACAGAAAAAUUAAGCCCCCGUACUCUGCCCGGCCUGAUCAGCUGUGUUUGUUUACAAGAAUCAGCUGACGGGGUGACGGGGUGACGGAGGGGAGUUAAACACGCUAUUUACUAUGUUUCCCUCGCCCCCUCCCUCCUCGCAGCCUCUCACCCCCUCCCCAGUCACACCCCGGCCACACCACACCAAUAUAUAAGAGUGUUCCCCGGCUGACGCAGUGCCAGUCACCCUCGCCGGUGCUGGCCACUCCACACACACACAGUCAAGAUGAAGUUUGCCGAGCACUUGGCGGCGCACAUCACGCCGGAAUGGAGGAAACAGUACAUCAGCUACGAGGAGAUGAAGGCGAUGCUCUACGCGGCGGUGGAGCAGGCGCCGUCCUCCGAGGUGACGGAGGAGGAGGUCAUCACAAGGUACUACGCCAGGUUUGACGAGCAGUUCUUCCGCGUCUGUGACAAGGAGCUGGCCAAGAUCAACACCUUCUUCUCAGAGAAGAUGGCCGAGGCAACCAGAAAGUACACAACCCUCAAGUCUGACCUGCAGGCGUCCAAGGACCAGCAUGGCGAUGGCCUGCGCAACCGGAAGGGCUUCACGUUCCUGCCCAAGCUGAACGUCCCGGCCCGGAAGAUGCAGGACCUCAAGCUGGCCUUCUCCGAGUUCUACCUCAGCCUCAUCCUCCUCCAGAACUACCAGAACCUCAACUUUACCGGCUUCAGGAAGAUCCUCAAAAAGCACGACAAGUUGAUGACCACCAGUAAUGGAGCGAAGUGGCGUGAGGACAACGUCGACUGUUCCACCUUCAACACCAACAAAGAUAUUGACAAACUGAUUCAGGAGGUUGAGGGCACCUUCACGUCGGAGCUGGAGCAGGGAGACAGGCAGCGGGCCAUGAAGAGGCUGCGUGUGCCGCCGCUGGGGGAGGCACAAAGCCCCUGGACUACUUUCAAAGUCGGCCUCUUCUCCGGGGCCUUCAUCGUGCUGGUCAUGUCCGUCAUUCUCUCAGGCAUCUUCCACUCGGAGCAUCACAAUGUGGAGGUGGUGCUGAGGCUCUUCCGCGGCCCCCUCCUCAUCAUCCUCUUCCUCUUCCUCAUCGGCAUCAACAUCUACGGCUGGAGGUCAUCUGGGGUCAACCAUGUCCUCAUUUUCGAGAUCGACCCAAGGAAUCAUCUCACAGAACAGCACUUGAUAGAGAUUGCGGCCAUUUUUGGUGUGAUCUGGGCCCUCAGUGUCCUUGGGUUCCUGUAUGCCAAGGCGCUCUCCAUCCCCUCCUACGCCGUGCCGCUGGCCCUCCUCUGCUUCAUGCUCCUCUUCCUCCUCAACCCCACCAGAACCUUCCACCACGAGGCUCGAUUCUGGCUCCUCAAAAAGCUGGGACGCGUGGCUUGUGCUCCCUUCGUGUUCGUGCAGUUCGCUGAUUUCUGGCUGGGCGACCAACUGAAUACCCUGGUACAGGUGUUGAAGGACUUUGAGUACUCGCUGUGCUUCUACAUCCAAGGCCUUGACUGGACUAGCCCAGAGCCAGAGAAAGUUGACGGCAUGGUGUGCACCGACAAGACAGUGGUGGUGCGGAGCAUUGUGGCGUGUCUCCCGGCGUGGUGGAGGUUCGCCCAGUGUCUCCGGCGUUACAGAGACACCAAGGAGAUGUUCCCCCACUUGGUCAAUGCCUUCAAGUAUGCCACAACCUUCUUUGUGGUGACCUUCAGCUGCCUCACACACAGCUACAAGGACCAGUACCCGGACAGCAUCAACAACCCCUUCUUCUACAUGCUGAUAGUGUCGAUGGUGUUCAACUCCUGCUUUGUCUUCUGGUGGGACAUGGUGAUGGAUUGGGGCAUGUUUGAGAAGAACAGCGGAGAGUACAAGUUCCUAAGGGAGGAGCUGGUGUAUUCCUCCCCGUACUACUAUUACUUUGGCAUCGUUGAGGACUUCAUUCUUCGGUUCAUCUGGACGUGCUCCUUCACCCUCACCGAGCUCAAGGUGACGCACGGAGAGAUCAUCAUCUCCAUCGUCGCCCCGCUGGAGGUGUUCAGACGCUUCAUCUGGAACUUCUUCCGUCUGGAGAACGAGCACAUCAACAACUGUGGUAAAUUCAGAGCGGUGAGGGACAUCUCCAUCAUCCCAAUGGACGCCUCUGACCAGGCACAGAUUGUCAAGAUGAUGGAUGAGGUUGAAGGCGUGGUCAACCGCAAGAAGAAGAAGGCUGGUGGGAAGCAACAUGGUGGCGGCGGCGGAGGCGGCGGCAACACUCUUCCCUACCCACUGAAGGAGGAAGACGUGGCAGGGACAGAGGCACAGGCACAGCACGCCAGAUAGACACACGAGGAGCACAAGUGACCCUAUGCAAGCCCCUUCCUGCCCUCCUCGCUGGGUUGGGAGGCGCCGGAAAAAGGAAAUCAGAGAGAGAGGAGGAAUGGGAUGGAGCUCUUCUGGUUAGCAUAGUAAUGUCAUGAAUAGCAUCACCCUGCCAUUAUCCCUGAAGAUAAAGGUGUACAAUCGGUGUUUCCUGCCUGUCUUUACAUAGGGAUAAGAAACGACGCCUCAAAGAAGAUUUUAAAACCCAAGAAGCGCACAAAAAACGGAUUACAGAAAAAAAGGAAUACAGAAAUAUGUUGAAUAUAACAUAUAAUAUUGAAGAUAAUAUAUUAAGAGGCGCAUUAUGAACAGACAAAGGAUAAGAAAUGGACUACGAAAAAUAAUGGAAAAGGGAAACAAAUACGGAAACGGGAAAUAUAGAGAAGGAAACAAAGAUGGAAAUGAGAGAACCUAAGGAGAAAAUGAGACAAAAUAAAGUAUGGGAGGAAGAGAAUGACAACAACAAAUAAAGAAUAUACAACUGGUAACAGACGGACAACCAAAGUAGCACAGUGGCAACCCUAGAAUUUAAAGUCAGAGCAGAGAACGAGAUGGAGAGAUAGUCAUAGCAUUUACCGGAGCAUGAUGGAGUACAGUACACGAACAUCAGACACAGAGAUGGAGGAUGUUGGGUAAUACCUCUGCCUAACAGUGGACAAGAAGUAAUGGCUGUAGAUGAUGAUGAUGAUGGUGGUGGCGCCUAUCCGUCUGGGUGCCUGACUGACGCCGCUUUAGCGCCACACAAGACCUUCCCUCACAUCACUCCUUCCCACCUUUCUUUCCUCCCACUUUCCUUUCUUUCUUCCUUCUUAUCGUGGGGAAAUCCAAGGUAGCCCAAGAUCGACCUCCACCCCCCAAUAAAAAGCAGAUCCUCACAAAUGAAUGAGGUAACGAAUAUGCAAUGACUGAUUGAUUGAUAGUUUAUUGUUGCAGGUAAACAACAAGGGAGAAGGGAGGAACAUGCCAUCCCAACCCCCAGGCAGGGCAGAAUGUGAUUAUACAACUAGUAAUACAUGUGUAGGUAGCACCAUGAAACUAAAAAGAUACAAUGGUAGGAAGGAAUGCACAACUGCAGACUUUUUAUUUUUUUAUAUUUUUUUAUAGCUACGCCUCUGUUACCAAGUUGGGCUGAAGGUUGGGGAAGGUUUACCUCGGUUGGGCUUAUUGAGUUGGUUGACUAAGGUUGGCGCCUAUGUGUCUGGCUGACUGACUGAAUGGUGGAUGGACUGACAAGCGUGUGUAGGUGGGAGGGAGGACAGUGUGGUGACAUGGAAGGCGAUUGGGCACACACACACUUUACACACCUAAUAUAACACUUCGAUAUUCUUCUUGUGCUGCAUAUCAUAGUUCCUUAACACACACACACACACACACACACACACACACACACACACACACACACACACGUACUGCCCUGUGCAUUGUGAUGUCCAUAAUUCAUAUAGAGAUAAAAUGGUACAUACGAGAAUCACUGACAUAUUGUAGCCAUUCACGAAGUAACUAAAACUUCAGACAGGAGUAAUAUAAUUUUUGUCACGUCGUAAAUCUCUCUCUCUCUCUCUCUCUCUCUCUCUCUCUCUCUCUCUCUCUCUCUCUCUCUCUCUCUCUCUCUCUCGUGGGUGUGAGCUAAACUACUGUGAUGAUGUGUGAAAAGGGAGAAAAAAGGGAAACAGGAGAAUGCGUGAACAAGUCCAUGACCAUGAAUAGCAUUUUGUGUAUUAAUAACGAUGAUACUGUGUGUGUGUGUGUGUGUGUGUGUGUGUGUGUGUGUGUGUGUGUGUGUGUGUGAUGAUAUUUUGUAUAGUAAUUGAAAUGCUGACGAGGUUGUGCAAUGUAGCUGGUACGUGUAUGUGUUCUUUAUUUAUUUAUUUGUACUACUUUAUAAUUAUUACUAUGUUCCCGUCUCUAUAAUUACAAUGUUUUAAUCGUCCGGAGCACCUCGACGGCUCAACACACAUGAACAAUUGUUAUGAGCGGCCAAAUGUAUGCAGGUAAGUGUUGAAUGUAUGUUUUUCAACCACA